CCUCUUCUUUCCGUCUAUAAGAGCAUUUCUCGCAGUCGAGCCCACUCACAAAAUCUAUGCGUGUGUCCAGGACCGAGUGCGUGUUCGUUUUCCUCUGGAUCGAGCGGUUUGUCUAGGGUUUAAGCUCCUUCGGAAAACCAGACCAAAACCCUUUUUUCGCGCUUGUUUCGGUGAGAAAAAAAUUUCAGCUAAAAGCUAUUCGGUGCACAGCUCAAUUUCUCAAUUUCAUCAACUUCGAAUGCUUCUGAUAGAUCCGAAACCCUAGAAAUUACCGCAAUAAAACAUAGAAAUUAUAAUGGGACGAUGAGUUGCAAGUGGUAAUGCGGGCUUUUUGGAGGUUAUUUUCAAAGAAUGAUGUUUUGGGGUAUACUGCUUCAGGUGAAGUGAUAUGAGGUGUUGAAUAUGAGCGAUGGAGGUGGGGAGACUGGAAGAGAGCAUCCGAAACCGAACACGCAGAGAAAAUUGGGUGGUGAUGAAUAUGCUCAAGCAAUUGCGAAGAUUGCGGUAGCCCAAAUAUGUGAAAAAGAGGGAUUUCAGACUUUUCAGCCAUCUGCUCUUGAAACGCUUUCUGACAUUGCUGUUCGGUAUACACGGAACAUUGGAAAGGCUGCACAUGAUUAUGCUAAUUUAGCUGGUAGAACAGAAUGUAACGUUUUCGAUAUUAUCCAAGGGUUGGAAGAUAUGGGCUUGCCACAAGGAUUUUCUGGUGCUUCUGAUGUUGACCAUUGCCUUGCAUGUUCCGGCACAGUAAGAGAAAUUAUUCAGUAUGUUGGCCAAAGUGAUGAUGUCCCUUUUGCCUAUGCUAUCCCACAAUUUCCUGUAGUGAAGGAUAGGAAUCUGACUCCCAGCUUUUUGCAAGUUGGCAAAGAGCCUCCUGAAGAUCAUAUACCUGCUUGGUUGCCUGUAUUCCCAGAACCCCAUACUUAUGCUCCGUUGCCAACGCCUGAUGUGAAAGCAAUGGAACCUAUGGUCAAAAUGGAGCAGAAAAAGCAUAGAAAGGUGGAUCGGUCUCUACUGAAUUUGCGGCAACAAUUUGUUUGCAAUGGGCUCGAUGGACUUUCCUCUGAAGACACUAGAGAUGCAGAUAAAGGAAAGCAAGCAGGAGAAGGUAACCCAUAUCUCGCUGCACCUAUGCAAUAUGGGGAGAAGGAAGUGUCACGUGUUUUUCUUCCAGCUAAGCUUUCAAAUGAAGCUACUGUGGAAAAUCCUGUUUCUUCAAGUCAAGUAAUGGGUAACCAUGUUUCAGUGCUGGCAACGUUUGCUCCAGCAAUUGACGCUAUGCAGGGCAGAUUAUUGGAUUCUGAGGAGGGACAGAAGAACGUUCUUUUAAACAGGAGUAAUACUGUGCAAUUUAAGAUUGGAACUGGAAAGAAGUCCUUAAAUACUAUGCCACAUUUGAGCCCACGAAAUACAGGCUUUGAGAUGAUAUCACCAUCUUUUGGAAUGGAGGGUGACAAGGAUGAGAAGAAAAGGAGGGCUGAGAAAAUUCUGAAGGAAUCUAUGGAAAAUCCACAAGGGUUGGCUCAGUUGUAAAUUAGGCUGGUUUGAUUAGAAUUUGUACACUUGCUUAGAAGACUGGUAGUGGAUUCUGUUUCCAGGGUAGUCAAAGUCAAAGGCAUAACGUUGUCUGCGUAUGGCAUUAAACAAUGAAUAUUACAAGUCUCUAGAGGGAAUGUUCCCACUUUAACAAUUUUCUGAGGUAUGUUCAUGUCAGUUGCUAUGAUAGACCCAGUAAAUGAUUCUUUCUAAUUGAUAUUCAUUUUUUCCUUUUAUGAUUUAA